AUGGAUCUAGACUGGGAAGUCAAUAAACAUCCCUGGGUGGGUGAAAGUACUUGGGGCCCACUCAGUACUCUCUUACAGGGUCCAGUGCUUGGCGGCAGUUGGAAUGGAAAGGGAGCUGGAUUUGUCUGGAUGGAGGUAAAUGACAUGGUGUUCUAUGGAUGCUACAUAUCACCUAACUCAACAAUGGGGGAUUUCAAUGCAAAACCUCCAUUACGGGGAUCUAAAGCAACAAACGAAAGAGAGCUCUUCCCAGCAGCCACACAUGACGAUUGGCCAGAAGUAAUAGAAUUAGGAGAGUUUCAAAGCUUCACAGCUGCAGGAGUUCUAUGUAUCAGCAAACGCAUCAAAGAAGGAAAAGCUGCUGGGCCUGAUCAAAUUCCUCCUGAGAUAGUCAAGAGAUUUGGAGAGAAUCAUGUUGAAAACAUUCAACUGAUAUUUUGUUAUGUUGCAGACAGUGCCUGGCAAGACAGCAAGAUUCCUUCUAGAGAUAAUGAUAAGACUACAGGAAGGAAUAAUAUACGAAGGAAUUCGACAACAAAAACCUUUCUCAAGAAACAUGUUCAAGAAUAUUGCAAUAACACAACCAUUCAUGGGUUGAAAUAUAUUGGGGAGCCUGGCAGACACAUUUCAGAAAGGACUUGGUGGCUGAUAGUAUUCUUGCUGAUGAUGGCUGGCAGUGCCUACGUGAUUCACAAAGUCUGGAGGAAGUGGCAGGACUCCCCAGUAAUUGUAUCCUUCGCUGAGACUUCAACUCCUGUUUGGCAAAUUCCUUUCCCAGCAGUCACCAUCUGUAGUGAGGCCAAGUCACAGAAUAAACUGUUCAACAUUACUGAAGCCAUAUACAAGAACAUCACAGAUCCAAGGGAACAAAAAAAGUUGGAUGCCGUUUCACUUGUCUGCGAUAACCAUGUAAACGCUGCAUCUCCAAAUAAAUUCAUUGAUGACGAAGGAGUUAACAUUAUAAGUGAUGUAGCUCCUACCAUAUCAAGUGUAUUGUUCCUCUGCCGUUGGAAAUUAGGAGCAGUGCAAAAUUGCUCGGAACUGUUUGUGCCUGUGAUCACUGAGGAAGGACAGUGUUUCUCAUUCAAUAUUCUACACAACUUUGACACCCACAGACAGGACAUAGUACAAACUAAAAGCAGUUCCCAAGCCACAGUAGUUAGCCAGUUCUGGACUCUAGGAGGGGGAUACGAUCCCAGCGCACCUCUGGAUGUAUAUCCUAAGAGGGCUUUGGGAGCUGGAGCAAAAUCAGGACUUUUCAUAGUACUCCGAUCUUACUCAUGGGAUCUUGAUUACUACUGCAGAGGACCUGUGCAAGGCUUCAAGAUAAAACUACACAACCCAGCUGAGGUGCCUCAGAUUGGGGAGAGUUACUUCCGAGUUCCACUGGACAGCGAGAUCGUACUCUCUGUGAAAGCCAACAUGAUGACGACCAGUGAGUCCUUACAGAACUACAACCCCAACAAGAGGCAGUGUUUCUUUCCUUACGAAAGGCAUCUAAAAUACUUCAAGGUCUACACUCAGAACAACUGCCAGCUUGAGUGUUUGACAAAUUUCACAAUGAAUCACUGCAAGUGUGCAAAGUUCAACAUGCCACGGUUUCCAAACACCCCAAUCUGUGGAGCUGGAUUGAAAAACUGUACUGUCAAAGCACUUGAUAAUCUGAAUAUCCAGCAAAUACGGCAAGCAAUGGAUGAACUAAAUCUAGAAGGCACCUGCAACUGCUUGCCUUCCUGUACAUCCAUUCAGUACGAUGCAGAGACCUCUCAGGCGACAUUCGACUACAAGGCACUUUUUGGAGCUUACAGGGAAAAUGAAACAGAUCCAGAUGUGUUUGGGGUGCGUCUGUCUCGUGUGUCCAUUUACUUCAAGGAGUCUCAGUUCAUCACCAGUCGCCGAAGUGAACUCAUCGGAUAUGCUGACUUUCUCAGUCAGUGUGGAGGACUUCUUGGAUUGUUCAGUGGCUUUAGUAUACAAAGUCUUAUUGAGAUAAUUUACUAUGUUACUCUUCGACUAUGGUACAAUAGAAAUAUCUUUUGAAUAUGUAAAACAAGUGUAGGUUUAUAAACUACGGUAAUCUUAUACAAAUAGGCAGAUUUAGCAUCCUACAAAAGUUCAGUAUAAACAAAAAGCACACAUCUUUUCACAUUUAAAGCAUGAAACACUUCAACAUAUAGCGUUGUAUUAUCAAAUAUGUUCUCAAUUAUAGAUUUCUGUACCUUGUAAAUUAUUGUAUUCUAUAAGUAGCUUUUUCAACAUUAAUUCUACAAUCACAUGCACCUUUGCAUGUACCUAUUUUUUGUAGACGUAUUAUUGAAUUUUAAAACUAAACUGAUAAAACUUAUUAUCAUAAUCUUUUUUUAAAUUUUCACUACUAUGUAUGUAUUCUUAGUCAUAUUUUUGGUCAUACUAAAUAUUUAAAAAAUGUUUGCUUUGUCAUACUAACAAGAUAUUAUAUACAGUAUUGACAAAAUUGGUGUAGAGUCUUCCUUUUACACAAGUGUGACCUCAUUGAUGUGCUGAAUAUUGUCACCAACGGAACUACUAAAUACUGCCGAAUAUUUCAGGUCCAACCCAAAACGUUUUGGUCUACAUUCUAUGUUAUAUCUAUUUAUAUGAAUUAUAUUUAUAAAUAUGUUUAUUCCUUUUCCACUCUGUGAAAUGGGUAUGAACUAACAUGGUAUCAGCAGAGUAACAUGGUAUAGAGGAGUCGGUUCUACUACAAUGCAACAAUGGUCACCUUCACUGUAGAAAAGAUUUGUAUAGCUUCAAUAGAUAAAUUUAGAAGGUAAAAUCUUUUGUUUUUAUGAAGCUAACAGAAGAUUGCUUAUGAUAAUA